CGCGCCGGCACACCGAGAGCGCUGCCGCCGCGGCGGGCGCUGCCCCGCGGAACGCAGCCCUCGACCCAUCACACACACACGCGAACAUCUCGCCCCGCGGUGGGGUCGCGACCACCCGCGGGCCGCCGCGGACGGAGCCCCUCGGCGGGGCCGGUCCCGCAGACACCCCCCCCCCCGCCGGGCUGUGAGCCCCCCCCGCGGGACGCGCCGUCCCGGUUCACCGGGGCGGGGGCGGGGGGACUGUGCGGGGGUGACCGGCGGGACUACAUCUCCCGGCAGCCCCCGCGCGGCGCCCCGCAGUGCGCAGGCGCGGCGCGGCGCGGCUCGGCCGGGGCGGCCCAAGAUGGCGGCGCGCUGGAGUAGCGAGAAUGUGGUGGUGGAGUUCCGCGACGCCCAGGCGACGGCGAUGUCGGUGGAUUGCCUGGGACAGCGCGCGGUGCUCUCGGGCCGCCGUUUCCUCUACAUAGUCAACCUGGAUGCACCGAACGAGGGUCAUCGCAAGAUCUCCCGCCAGAGCAAGUGGGACAUUGGGGCAGUGCAGUGGAACCCACACGACAGCUACGCCUACUAUUUUGCAGCUUCAAGUAAUCAGCGAGUUGACCUGUAUAAGUGGAAGGAAGGCAAUGGGGAAGUUUGCACGUCACUGCAAGGACACACACGUGUGAUCAGCGACCUGGACUGGGCAGUGUUUGAGCCAGACCUACUGGUCACCAGUUCUGUGGACACAUACAUCUACAUCUGGGACAUCAAGGACACCAGGAAGCCCACGGUCUCGCUCUCUGCAGUCGCUGGAGCUUCCCAGGUGAAAUGGAACAAGAAGAAUGCCAACUGUUUAGCAACAAGCCACGAUGGGGAUGUCCGAAUAUGGGACAAAAGGAAACCCAGCACUGCAGUGGAGUAUUUGGCAGCUCAUCUCUCCAAAAUCCAUGGUCUGGACUGGCAUCCUGACAAUGAGUACACACUGGCCACUUCCAGCCAGGACAACUCUGUCAGGUUCUGGGAUUACCGUCAGCCUCGGAAAUACCUCAAUAUCCUUCCCUGCCAGGUUCCUGUCUGGAAGGCAAGAUACACGCCUUUCAGCAAUGGGCUGGUGACAGUGAUGGUCCCCCAACUUCGUCGGGAGAACAGUCUCCUUCUGUGGAAUGUCUUUGACCUGAACACGCCUGUCCACACUUUUGUGGGACACGAUGAUGUCGUGCUGGAGUUUCAGUGGAGGAAGCAGAAAGAAGGUUCCAAAGACUACCAGCUGGUGACGUGGUCCCGCGAUCAGACCCUGCGGAUGUGGCGGAUCGACUCCCAGCUGCAGAGGCUCUGUGCUAAUGAUAUCCUGGAUGGAGUUGAGGACCUGAUUGAUGGGAUUUCUCACCUGCCAGAGCCAGACAAGACCCUUCACCCCCAGGAUGCGGAACCCCAGCAUAACUCUGGACACGGGGAUGAGGAAGCCUUAAAAGAAGAUUUCCUGAAUGACCCUCUGGUGGGAAAGAAAACGGACCAGCUGGGGCUGCCUCAAACCCUGCAGCAGGAGUUCUCACUGAUCAAUGUGCAGAUCCGAAAUGUCAAUGUGGAGAUGGAUGCAGUGAGUCGCAGCUGUACGGUGUCGGUGCACUGCGGCAACCACAGAGUCAGGAUGCUGGUGAUGUUCCCUGUCCAGUAUCCCAAUAACGCUGCACCGUCCUUCCAGUUCAUCAACCCAACCUCGAUCACAGCCUCCAUGAAGGCAAAGCUGCUGAAGAUACUGAAAGACACUUCCCUGCAGAAAGUGAAGCGGAACCAGAGCUGCUUGGAGCCCUGCCUGCGUCAGCUGGUCUCCUGGCUGGAGUCUGUUGUGAACCAAGAGGACAGCACGUCCAGCAAUCCCUACGCUUUGCCAAACUCCGUAACACCCCCCUUGCCCACGUUCGCCCGGGUCUCCAACGCCUACGGCUCCUACCAGGACUCGAACAUCCCAUUUCCACGGACCUCUGGAGCCAGGUUCUGUGGUGCAGGGUACCUGGUGUACUUCACGAGACCCAUGACCAUGCACCGCGCGGUGUCUCCGAUGGAGCCCACGCCCAGGUCCCUGUCAGCUCUGUCAGCGUACCACAGUGGCCUCAUCACUCCGAUGAAGAUCCGCACGGAGACUCCGGGCAACCUGCGUCUGUACAGUGGGAGCCCGACACGCAGCGAGAAGGAGCAGGUCUCCAUUAGCUCCUUCUACUACAAAGAGAGGAUGUCUCCUCGCUCUGCCCGGCGACGUUGGUCCAUACAAGCAAUUAACGACUUCCCGAAAUCGAGGAGGUGGAAAAGCAAACGAGAGGGGACAGAUGCCAACAACAGACCCAUCAAAGCUGCUGGGAAAGUUAUUAUCCAAGAUAUUUCCUGCUUGCUGCCUGUCCACAAGCUGCUGGGAGAGCUCUACAUACUGAAUGUGAAUAAUAUCCAGGAGACUUGCCAGAAGAACGCUGCCUCGGCCUUGGCUGUGGGACGGAGGGACCUCGUACAGGUUUGGUCACUGGCCAUGGUAGCCACUGAUCUCUGUCUCGGACCGAAGUCUGACCCAGAUUUGGAGAUACCUUGGGCACAACAUCCAUUUGGACGUCAAUUACUGGAGUCCUUGCUGGCUCAUUACUCACAGCUCCACGACGUGCAGACCCUGGCCAUGCUCUGCAGUGUGUUUGAAGCCCAGUCCAGGCUACAGGGGUGCCCCAACUCCUACGGCCCCUUUCCUCAGCGUGCCUCCAACCUGGCCUCCCACAGCCGAUACCCCAGCUUUACUUCCUCUGGCUCCUGUUCCAGCAUGUCAGAUCCUGGAAUUGGCACCGGGGGCUGGAGCAUAGCAAACAAAGACACGGAGCAGGCCUCCACUCCCUGGUGCGAGUCUUCUCCGGAUGAGUUCCGCUACGGAAACCUCAUGUAUCCUGAUCAUCGGGAGCGGGAGAAAGACCAGCAUGAGAAAAACAAAAGGCUGCUGGAUCCUGCCAACACUCAGCAAUUCGAUGACUUUAAGAAGUGCUAUGGAGAAAUCCUUUAUCGCUGGGGCCUGCGAGAGAAGCGGGCGGAGGUUCUGAAGUUUGUCUCGUGUCCCCCUGAUCCCCACAAAGGAAUUGAGUUCGGGGUGUACUGCAGCCACUGCCGCAGCGAGGUGCGCGGCACCCAGUGUGCCAUCUGCAAGGGCUUCACCUUCCAGUGCGCCAUCUGCCACGUGGCCGUGCGCGGCUCCUCCAACUUCUGCCUGACCUGCGGACACGGGGGCCACACCAGCCACAUGAUGGAGUGGUUCCGCACGCAGGAGGUGUGUCCCACGGGCUGCGGGUGCCACUGCCUGCUCGAGAGCACCUUCUGAGCAGGGGGGACAGCGGGGCUGCCCCGCAACGGGGUGGAGGAUUUCAUUCCCAAGCCAUGUUGAGUCGGCUCUGCUCCGCGGUGUCCGGAGGGGAUCGUCACGAGGAGCUGAAGCGGGAUGUCCUGGCCACGCGCUGUGGUGAUGUUUACAGGUGCUUCCAGUACUCCUACACUUCCCAGGUUGCUUUCAGAUUGAUUUGACUGAAUUCCCUGUGUCCAUUGCUGGCAAUGGAUGCCAGACCAGAAAAACUGCUCUCUCCUGCAGAGGGGUGUGUGAACAUUGGUGCGUUUGGGAUGAGGAGAUGUUUGAAAGCUCCCCUGGAAAGAGCCCACCUGGCAGAGCCAAACUCACUCCAGCGAUGUAGUGUCUUUCCAGGUGCCUCCUUACAGGGGCUCAAAGUGAGCAAAACAGUUGUUUUACACACUUAAGGCAGACAUAAUUCUCAACCAACAGUGAGCUCUAAAGGUGAGCUGUAAAUGGCGCUUGAAGAGCAAAUAGUCUGUGAGACUGUGCUCAGAGUUACUUAUUUUGAAUGGUUGUUUACAUUGUUUAGAUUUCCCCAUAAAGCAAGAGAAGGAAAUGGCAUUUUUCAGCAUUACUUCUUAAAUAGCUUCCUGCUCACUGGUCAGUACCUGUGGCUGGUGCAAAAAGCCCAGCCAAGCACCCAAGGUCCCUGGGAUUAGUUGCUUCCAGCAGUUUUAGUACUGCGAGGCUUUAAGGUGUCUCCGUCUCCUGCUCUGACCAGGUGAAAAAAUGCACUUUAACCUGUCCCUGCCUUGUAGCUGACACUUCCUGGUGACUGGGAAAGGCUCCUGCCUUUGAGUUUGGGAUCCACAUUGUCUUUCCAUAGAUGGUGGCAUAUUGGAAAGCCUUUGCUUCCUCACUGAGAAAACACAAGGACACUGGUUCCAUGCAACUCCUUUUGGCUGUUGUCUCCAAGCUCUACGGGGAAAAUUAUGGAUAAUUUGAGAUAUGCUGCUGCUGUGCUUGAGUGAUGAGGCUCCUGAGCCAGGGAGGCUGCAGUUUCUAGGGAAAAAGGGGUUUUGGAAGCAUGGUAAGAUCCAGGGAGGCAAAAAGUUUAUGCCCUUUCUCCCUGUGGACCUUUAAUUGGAGAAUGUAUGGAUCUGUCUGUUGGGGCCGUGCCCGCUGGCACUCCCAGCCCGGGGACGCUGCUCUGUGGUGAGUGCACACCCGGAGCUCACAGCCUGUGCCUCUCUGGGCUGGGCUCAGCCUGAGCUCUGGAUUUGGGCGAGUGUGUGGUCAGGGAUGAGCCCACUAGGGCUGCCCCCACCCGUGCCAGAGCUGAUCCCUCCCUCUGGGGCCCCCUGCCAUGCCCCCUCCCAACCCCUGUGCUAGCUCAGGCUGUGGGAUCCUGCUGUGGAAUAAACAGAUGUUGUAUCUUAAAACAUUAAAAUUAUUUUUUUAA